CGCCCUCGGUGCGGGUUCCGCGACUGCCGCGGUGGAAGUCAUGGUUAACACGUAGCCGGCGUUUGACGUGUCCUAGCCUCCCAGGGUUUAGGUGUGCAGCGAGAGACCAUUCGAUAAUUCUUCCCACGCGCGCCGCUCUCGAUUCGCGCAACGUGUCGUGCGCGGCCACGCGGGUGUUCUCGUGCACAUAUGGCGAACGCCACAUUGUGAGUAUCGAUAACACGGAUACAUACGGUGUCGCACGUUUAACGCGCUCGUGGCGAACGCGAGGCUACGGGAAAAACAUGUUGCCGAACAAAUCGUCGUCGUCGUCGUCGUCAACGCAACAGCAGCAGCAGCCCCCGUCGUCUUCUUCGUCCUCGUCCUCCUCCAUGUCGUCGUCCAACGCGAAGGUCAUGUUCCCUGACAAAAGGUCGACAACCAAGCAGAUGAAAUCCUCCACACUGACCAACGCCGUCGGCCUCAGCUCCCUCAUCACCUUCACCGUUCUCCUGCUCGCCUGGAUUUCGGGCUUUGCCUCGAGGCUCUUUGCGGUCAUACGCUUCGAGAGCAUCAUACACGAGUUCGAUCCCUGGUUCAACUACCGAGCAACGGCGUACAUGGUGCAACAUGGAUUCUACAAUUUUCUAAAUUGGUUCGACGAACGGGCUUGGUAUCCACUUGGCCGGAUUGUUGGCGGUACAGUCUAUCCUGGGCUGAUGAUCACAUCUGGAUCGAUACACUACAUACUGCACUCCCUGAACAUACCAGUGCAUAUAAGAGACAUAUGUGUAUUCCUAGCUCCAAUUUUUAGUGGCCUUACUGCCAUAUCUACGUAUUUAUUAACGAAGGAGAUAUGGAGCGCCGGGGCCGGCCUGUUUGCCGCUUGCUUCAUCGCCAUUGUGCCCGGUUAUAUCUCGAGAUCGGUGGCCGGCAGCUAUGACAACGAGGGAAUCGCGAUCUUCGCGCUGCAAAUUACCUAUUACCUGUGGGUCAAGUCGGUCAAGACCGGCUCGAUUUUCUGGGCGAGCGUGACCGCCCUGUCUUACUUCUACAUGGUAUCGGCGUGGGGAGGAUACGUGUUCAUUAUCAAUCUCAUUCCACUCCACGUGUUUGCCUUACUGGUCCUGAAUCGCUUCAGCAAUCGGCUGUUCACCAGCUACACCACGUUCUACGUUCUUGGACUCUUGCUGAGCAUGCAGAUACCGUUUGUUGGUUUCCAGCCGAUUAGAACCUCCGAGCACAUGGCGGCGACCGGCGUGUUUGGUCUUAUAAUCUUUGUAGCAGCUUUUAGGUACUUAAGAACUGUACUUACCAAAUCCGAGAUGAAAUAUUUCGGUGGGGUGGUGGCCGUGACGACUGCUAUGCUCCUGUUAAUUUUGAUCGUGUUAACGUACACCGGCAUUGUCGCCCCUUGGAGCGGUAGAUUUUAUUCACUCUGGGAUACCGGUUACGCCAAGAUACAUAUCCCUAUAAUAGCGUCUGUGUCGGAACAUCAACCGACCACUUGGUUCAGUUUUUUCUUUGAUCUGCAUGUUCUCGUCGCGCUGUUCCCGGUUGGCCUUUGGUACUGCAUCACACACGUCAAUGACGAACGUGUCUUCGUUGUACUGUACGCCAUAAGUGCCGUUUAUUUUGCUGGUGUGAUGGUGAGGCUGAUGCUGACUCUGACCCCGGUGGUGUGUAUGCUGGCCGGUGUCGCUGUCAGCAGACUUGUGGAACUGUUCCUGAAGGAGGAGGACAGGGAUGGGAACAACGGCGGCGAGAGCAACGAGGAGAGUGAGGAGGAGAGGGAGAGAAGUCCCGGUAGAGCGUUAUACGACAAAGCUGGUAAACUUCGUAGGAUGAAGCACGAGAGGUCGAAGGGCAACGGCGACGGAUUAGGCCCUAAUCUCCGUAACGUCGUCGUCAUCGGCAUGCUGAUGCUGCUGAUGAUGUUCACCGUGCACUGCACGUGGGUGACCAGCAACGCCUACUCCAGUCCAUCUAUCGUCUUGGCGUCUUACAGCAACGACGGUGGCAGGGCCAUACUGGACGACUUUCGAGAGGCUUACUACUGGUUGGCUCAGAACACCGCCAAUGACGCGAGAGUCAUGAGCUGGUGGGAUUACGGAUACCAGAUCGCUGGUAUGGCUAACAGAACUACCCUCGUGGACAAUAAUACGUGGAAUAACUCGCACAUAGCUCUGGUCGGUAAAGCGAUGAGCUCGAACGAGAGCGCUGCUUACGAUAUCAUGACGUCCCUGGACGUGGACUACGUGCUGAUCAUUUUUGGCGGGAUGAUCGGGUACAGCGGUGACGAUAUUAACAAAUUCUUAUGGAUGGUCCGUAUCGCCGAGGGCGAGCAUCCCCAGGACAUACGCGAGAGUGAUUAUUUCACCGAGAGGGGGGAGUUCCGCGUCGAUUCCGAAGGUUCCCCCACUUUACUGAACUCGCUCAUGUACAAACUGAGUUACUACCGGUUUGGGGACGUUAAAAUAGACUAUCGGUCGCCUUACGGUUACGAUCGCACUCGUAACGCGGAAAUAGGCAAUAAGAACUUCCAGUUGACGUAUCUGGAGGAGGCUUAUACCACUGAGCAUUGGCUUGUCAGGAUUUACAGGGUGAAGAAACCAGCGGAGUUUAAUAGGCCAAGAAUUCCGAUUUCCGAGCGAGUUAUCACGCGCCGUGCAAAUUCGUAUAUUAGCAAAAAGACCGCACGGCGCAAGCGAGGUUUCAUAAAGGGCCGGCCAGUUGUUAUUAAAGGACAGAAACCUCAACGACGAACGACGUAACGAAGAUCCGCUGGUUAUUUCAUAAACAGUUUGCAAAUACAACUUUUGUAAUAAAAGAAUUACCGUCCCUUGGGUCUACCACAAACUAUACCUCGAACUAAGGAUUUAAUGUCGUCAGAACAGUUCAACCGACUUAAAGGAUAGAAUAUUCCAAGAAUUAUAGUUUCCAUCGUCUUCGGAGCGGUGUUGAUUUUAUUAUUGUUUUAAUAUUGUUUUCUCGAAUCUUUUUUCUUAUGUUUGGCUCAUGUGCACAUUCUAUUUCAUCCUUCGUUUACGUUAUCCAUCUAUUGCAAGGCGAAGCCGUUUGUUACCGCAUAAUUACGUAAUCAUCUAUUAACGUAACGAAUGUCUUUCGAAUUGCUACGCCGAUCACACGCAAUUAUCUCCAAUAUAUAGAGUAAAUAUAUUUACAAGUAUAUUUACUAGAGCAAGUCACAAAUGUAAGUUUGUUUUCUUCUCUUCGCGUUCUAAGGGAAUUAAAUUCCCGGUUUAAUUAUUUUUCCCAAUUGAGCCAAUUGUGCAUUUAAUAGUUAAUAAUGUAAAAUAACUUGAAAUUUAUUUGUUAUCGUUCAACAAUUGUACGGAAGUCUCAAUAUAAAUUGAGAUUCGCGAGGCAUCCUAGUUAGUAUACACACACACAUUUACGUUAUAUAAUACGUUUUAAUAUAUUACAUGGUAUUGCGUCGGGCAAAGUUUGUCGAAAGACGAGUGGACUUCCGCCGAUUUUCAGCGGAAACGAUCGAGCGUGUGUGUCAUGUGUACACAGUUUGUUGUAUAGCACCUUGUUGAAAGAUAAACAUUUGUGAUAACACAGUGUUGUUAUUUACAAAAUACGUAUUUGAAA